GGAGGUGGUGGUCUGUCCUCUCUGCUGCCCCAGCCAAAGAAUCUGGUGGUGAAGGAGACCAAGCGGCCCCUGCUGCCGCACACUCUAACCAAACGCCCUGGAUCGGAUAAGCCAAAGGCAACCCCGGCGAAGUCCCAGGGUCUUUCUGGAACCAGCCCGUCCCCGUCCGCCAUCAAAGCAGCUGCAAAGUCAGCGGCGAUGCAGCUAGCCAAACAAAUGGCCGCGGAUGAAGAGGGAAGUGACGAUGAACUCACUCCAGAGAACUACUUUUCCCUUCCGGAAAGCUCAGCACAGCCUGUGAUGUCUCAAAACCCGCAUUCUCAACAGUAUGUUCCUUCUCUAAACCCUCCACCCGGUGUGGAGGACGCUCCGCUGGACUUUGUUUCUAAAGCAGACAGUUACAGUAGGUCAGUCGGAGCCAUGCAAGACUAUCAGAAGGAAGAAUAUCAACAGCAGUACCAGGAGUAUCCCGCAAAUCCACUGCCAGAGACUUCUCCACAGGAUUACUAUGGUGAGGGAUAUUACCAAGACCCAAACGCUGCGGCUGAUGAGCAAGAAGAUUCAGGGUCCUCUUCAUUGUUCAAUGAUGAAGCAUUUCGGCGACUACAAGGCAAACAGAAUCGUGGAAGAGAGGAAAUCAAGUUCCUGGAGAUCAAAGGAGACGAUCAGCUGAGCGGCAAUAAGCAAUGGCUGACAAAGAACAUGACAGCAGAGACAGAGCCCCGCAAGUCCUUCAGCAAGAAAAAAGGAGAUCAGCCAACAGGACAACAGAGACGCAAGCACCAAAUCACUUAUCUGAUUCAUCAGGCCAAGGAACGCGAGCUGGAACUCAAGAACAACUGGGCCGAAAACAAGUUGACUCGACGACAAACGCAAGCCAAGUAUGGAUUCUAAUGGACUGGAUAUCAAGAUGUUGCGCACACCUCUACCUGACGCUGAGCUGAUUUUGUCAGAGACUGCAGCCGAUAACAGAAAUGUGAUAUUUUUGCCAGCUUUUAGAGAUGUGAUACCAGUUCGUAUUGUUUCAGAAAGGAGCUAAGGACUUUUAAAGCACUAUUGGCUGCUAAUAAAAUGUUUAAGAUGGCUCCCAAUUGUCUACCUGAUAUUAUCUUUCCAUUUGAACUACAUUGGGUUUUGUCACGAGGUUUUGGGUCACCUGUAACAUAAUAGUAGCUGCGUAGGUUCACAUGAUUUAUUUGUUUAUUAAAUGAUUGGGAUGUCAUGACUUGUUUGUCUGGAAGGGUUUUGUCUUCCACACUGCCAUCGUGAGCAGUGGCAUAUAUAAAAUUAAUGAUUGAAAAUGUGAAAGAAACUGGUAACACUUUACAA